AUGCCUUCUUCCAGGUCAAUCAAGUCUGAUCCUUUGGGAGUCGUGGAUACUCGACUCACUGACUCCCACCUGUUUCCAUCUUCCUUUACCUCCGCUGCCGAUACUCGAGUCACCUCUGACUCUCAAGAUUUGUUUGCAUCUAAUCUUGUACCCCCCACUGUCAGAACCCCAGUCACUACCGACUCGCCUCUGAAUCUCUUUUCGCCGUCCUUUGCUACCUUCACUGCUUUCGGGCUUGAUGGACCUGCUGAUAUGACGACCAAACAGACUAGUCUGAAUAAAGAGCGCGGGUUCAAAGAACUUCAAGAGGCCUCACUGAGCCUACGCUCCGGGCAAUCUUUUCCUCGCUUGGUUCUGGAUGCAGCUACCGACAAGUACGUCCUCGACAACAUUGGUGACACCUCGAAUCCGCCACAGCCAUUUAAAUCAAACAGCAAGAAAGACUGCAUUGAAGAACCUGCAUUGCCUCAUGCCACCCCUCAGCCCCCCAAGAACCUGCACCUGAGAGAUCCGCCGAAUACCGAGGAAUUUAACUACGAUUGCUUUCAAGAUUCGCCCGAGGCAGACUUGCCCAAGGGACGCUUUAUCUUUCAUGGACAUGGCAGAAGUCAAUCUUCAACACCUCCAAAAGACCAGCAAAACCCACUCAAGCCUCCCAUCGCCGCUCUAGCAAAUCACUAUCCAGCCCCAAAUGUCACCUCCCUCAAGAGAUCUGGCAAUCGUAUCCCGGCGCCGCGAUCCGUUCGUUUUUCUCCUGCUAUUCCUCAGAUCCCGCCCUCGCCAGCACAACGCCCACUGUCCUCGGUUGAUCGCCUCGCUUCCUCUCGACAGAAGCAACCUAGUGAGUGGAACGGUAUCCGACGUGCAACCCCUCACCGAGUAUCUCCGUCACAUAACCUCAUGAAUAAGGCCUCGGCUCAGACAUCUCAAAUCCGGGAUCACGCUGGCAUACCUUCUCCAUCCCCUUCAAGUCUACCAAAUGCAGCACAUGUCGAAUAUUCGAGAAAUAAAGCUGGUACUCCCAUCGCCAAUCAGCCAAAGGGCGUGGGAAAAACCAAGAAGAAGGUCCCUCGCGCUAUGGCGUUCUUGUUUGGAAUCUACAGACCCAGAAAACCACCUGCUGACUCUCCUCGGGAGGAUCUAAAAUAUGUGGUCGUCGCCAUCGCGUCCCAAGCGUCUCAAUCAGAGGGAAAGAUGCCUCGUUUUGCGCCCAAAUUUGAACAAAUUGCCUUCCACCCGCCCAUGGAUGAAGUCCUUUGCCAGUUUUGCAUUAUCAUUCCUGCGAUCUUGAUUACCAUGCCUGUGGGUCACACUUUCCAUGCCCUCCAAUAUCUGGGAAAAACUCGCAUCGGUGCUGCCAUCAUGUACUUUAUCAAGAUUCUGUUUUCGACAUUCGUCGCUGUCAUCAUUCGAGCAUUUUCCAAGUAUGGCCUGAGACUCGUUACCCGUGCUGGUGUGGAAUUUUUGCCCAAGAACUCCUCCUGA